AUGUCGGCCGAAAAUUCGCCGAUAAAGCCUUCAAUAUCACAAAACAAUAUACAACCUGUAGCAGAUUUUGAGAAUCAAGAUGCAUUAAUAAAGCAUGUGGAUAUAACAAUAGUGGAAUCUGAGCAGCGAGCGAACGGAACGCUGCAUAUACGAGAUCAUUAUACAGUAUAUCUUAUAGAUGUGAAAGUAACUGAUCCUGAGUAUAAACAGCUGCAGACUAUGAUAAACAGAAUAUGGAGGAGGUACACUGAAUUUGAGCAAAUACAUGAUUACCUACAAGUUACUUAUCCUCAUGUUGUUAUUCCACCACUGCCUGAAAAAAGGAUAAUUUAUGCUUGGAGAAAAUGUGAUACAACAGACCCAGAAUUCAUAGAGCGUAGAAGAGCUGGGCUUGAGAAUUUCCUACUCCGUGUCGCUUCUCAUCCACAACUCUGUUUUGAUGAUCAAUUUAUAAAUUUCCUGCAACAAGAACAUGACUGGCGGGAAACAAUUACAGAUAGUGGUUAUAUUCUACAGGCUGAAAAUAAAUUAAAAUCUUUAUCAGUGUCUAUAAGACUUCAAAAACCAGAUCCUGAAAUUGACGGUGUCAAAAGCUAUGGAAAACAACUAGAAGCAAACCUCGGAAACUUUUUAUACACAAGGUCUAAAAUAAUAGAAAAAAACUAUGCUCUGUGUAAAUUGCACGCAAACUAUGGCAAGUUAUUUAGUGAAUGGAGCGUUAUUGAAAAGGAAAUGGGAGAUGGUUUACAGAAGGCUGGUCAUUAUUUUGACUCAAUAGCUGUUUCAAUUGAGUCUAUAGCAGAAGAUGAGGAACAGUUAGCUGAUCAGUUGAAAGAGUAUUUGUUUUAUGCAGCUGCACUACAGCACGUCUGUGCCAAUCAUGAGGCACUCCAACGUAAUCUUGAGAAUGCUAAUGACACCUUAACUAACAGAAUAGCAGAACGAGGCCGUGCAGCAACUGGCAACUCUGGACUAAUGGCGCGCAUUUUUGGCACGACGGAACCCGACAUUGUGCGUGACCAGAAUACUCGUGCACUCGACGCCAAGAUAGUCGCUGACACGCGAGCUUUAGAAAAGGCCCGAACAGAUCUCGAGGAAUUCAGGAAAAAGGCAUGCAUAGAAAUUGAGUACUUCCAAAGACAAAAAGAUAAGGAUUUGCACGAAUCGUUGGUGAACUUUAUUGCUUUACAAGUUAAGGCAGCCAAAAAGAAUUUACAAGCCUGGACACAGAUAAAAGAAUGUCUUCAAAAUAUGCCUUAA